AUGCUGCCACCCAGCAUCCAGAUCCACGAGGGACCUGGCCAAGUUGUUGUCAAGCUCGCUGACGGGAAACCACGCCGCGUAUCGCGGCGCGAAGUGUCGUUGCCGUACACGUUUGACGGCUUUCGCAGUAACGACAAUUUCUUGGUGAUUUAA